UUCAGAUUUCGUAAUAAACGAUAUUUAUUGCUCGUCUGACGCACAUGUUUCGUUUCCACUAUUUAGAAAGUUACAAUUAAUAUUUUGUCAUGAAUAAGAAUAAAAAUUAUACACUAUUCGUCAAUUAUAUCGUUAUUGAAGUAUUUAUAUUUUGAAUUAAGCAUAACAUAAUAUUUUAAAAUCUAAAAAAAAAAAAAAAUUUGUAAAAAUAAUGGUGCUCGUUGGAGAUACAAAUUCGAUUUUUAAUGCCGGUUUAAUAUUAGGAUGUACUGCUCUCUGUGCUUCGAAGGACAAUGUAAAAGCGAGAAGACUUCGAGAUAUAAUAUUCAUCGUUUUCUCAAUGACUCUGUAUUUAGUUAGUUUCGUAGUAAUGUACAUUUAUGUAUUCUCGUACGAAGAUUCAGAUUUAAAAAGUAUGCUUAUCGUCAUAAUAAGAGUAUUUCUUAUUUAUUUGUGCUUGUUCACGGAUGCAUCGGUGACAACUUUAUGGAAUUGGAAGAUUCGAUCCGUUCUAUCGCAGUUACGUAAUUUUGAUCGAGCUACAAAAUUUCGUGAUUUUUCAAAAGGAAAUAAAUUGCGUAUCAUUUGUCAUGUCACAGUGUUCGUCAGUUUCUCAUAUUGGGCGAUAGUAGGAUAUUUCACGUACAGAAUCGAGCCGAGAGUGCCAAUUUUUCGCGGAAUAAUUUACUUCAUCAUGGAUGCCUCGAUGAAUACGCAAAUUUUGAUAUUCGUGUGUAUUUUAUUCCUUAUCGAGGAACGAUUCCGUCAUCUCUGCUCAAUGAUAGAAUUCUCUAAGGCUGACAAGAUAAUAGAGGCGCAUCGAUCAAUUAGGCAUUCGACGUUACAACAGAUAUGGUGGCUUCAUUGUUCUCUAGCGAACGCUACCGAAAUAAUUAAUUCCGUAUACGCGAUCCAGUUGUUGUUUUGGAUCUCGACUAUGUCGUUCAACCUGAUGUCGAGGAUUUAUUCGUUGAAAGUGUUCAAAUUAUCGGAUUACGGGAAGAUCAGGGAAUCAAUGCUGGUGACUGAUUGCGCGUGGAACCUCGUAUUGAUUGCCACCGUGUGUCACAUGACAGCUCAUCAGGCGAAUCGUGUCGGCAAGCUUAUUUUCUCACCUUACUCUUCCGUUUCUCUGAAACGUGUACAUUUACAGGAAAAUAUAGAAGCAGCGGCUUACUUCCAACUAAGGAAAGUACACCUUUUUACCGUUGCUGGUUUAAUACGCGUCGAUCUUCCUCUUCUGCUUUCGAUAUUCUCAGCGAUAACAACGUACUUGGUGAUCCUUACUUAAAACUUCCUCCAAGAUUUCCACGAUACUUUUAUCGUUUCGAUUCCAUCUAAAGAAUCGUAACAAAAGUUGCAUUAGCAAGUACGAAAUAGGAAACGGAAGAGAGGGGAGAAAAAAAGGAAAGCAUUAAUCUUGCAUAUCUAUCCGUUGACCUUUAAUGUGAAGCGACACGAGGAUGACAAUAGAUGCGAUCGACUCGCCGCCGUAACGGAAUAUGUGUGAAUUUUGUCUCAUCUUCUUUUUUCGUGAGUAUAUUCACGAGAUGCUACACAUUGGAACAAUGUACAUUGAUUUAUUGAUCAAUGUAUCUUAUACAUGUUCCUUCAUAGAGUUCGGAGACUCGUAGACUUGUGGACUGAAUUUCAUAUAGGAUAUAAAACAGAAGUGAUUUAUAAAUUUUUCAUUAACGAAAUGUAUAAAGCUCCUUACGAUAUUAUUGUAUUUAUGUCAAGUAAACAAGAUUGUGUAUUUACGAUUUUAUUACUUGUAAAUAAAGCCAAGAUGUUUAAAUAUUUGAAAUUGGAAA